UAUAAAUAAGUGAUUGAAUACAUUUCAAAGGAUGCCUUCCCGAGGAUCUUAUCAAGUUGCUAACGUCCCGCAGGGGAAAGCAGCCCAACGGGAUCAAUCUUAUAGAAGUUGCAUUUCAAUGCUAUUAAUAUUCUGUUUUCUUUGUAUUAUCCUCAUCCUUGUCGCUUUCCCAUGGAAGAUAUAUGAUUCUGAUCAUUCUGAACAAGAAGAUGAAUACAUGGGAAUAUUUCAGCAUCAUCAUCGUGACCACACAGAACAGCGAACUGAAGAAACAACUAGUACUACAAAAUCAACUAAAUAUUAUUUAACAACUACAACUUCUAUCAAUGAAAAUAAUUCAGAACAAGUAGAAGCAGUAACAUCAAAUUUUGAAGUAGGUACUGAAAACUCUAAUGUAGUAAAUACUACAAAUUGGAUCGUUAGUAAUACAUCCAACUUUAACGAAUUUCUAAAUAUCGAAACUACUACGGAAAUUCUAUUACUAAAUGAUUCAGUAACCGAUAUCGAAACUAUAACUUCAACGAUUAACGCUGAUUUUGCGGAAACUGAAACAGCAAGUUUGACUACAGAAAAAUAUCAAGAAAAAAGUACUACGAACAAUUAUAUCACGGAAGCUUCUACUUCUAUAGACACGGACUUCGUUAACGGAGAAACUUCUUUUGAGGAGAAUGAAAGUACGAUAAAUGAUGUUACCAAAUAUGAAACGAAACAUGAAGAAACUACCACGAUCAAAUUUACCACUGAAAAUUUGCCAAAUAUAGAUAAUCAUUCUACAAUAUUAACUACAAUAAAAGAUGAUAAUACGAUUAAUACUAUCACUACAACUUCUAGCUCACCGAUUACUAAGAAAGUGUGUACUACAGGCAAAUGCAAGAAUUUGGCCAGUAAGAUGUUAUUUUAUAUGAAUCACUCGGUCGAACCAUGCGAUGAUUUUUAUGAAUACGCUUGCGGUGGUUUUGAGGCCAAUCCGCAAACUAUAGAUCAGAAUUUGGAAGACAUUGCUUAUAAACGAAUUCUAAGGCAAAUGCAAAAAGAAAAUCGGGAACAUAGAUCAUCCCUUUUUACUGAAUAUUACAAUAGCUGCGUACAAUACGAAAACAUCAAUCAAACAAAAAGGAUCGAGCUGGCGAGAAAAGUGUUAAACGGGGUAGGAAAAUUUUACACUACGAUCGACUGGGAUGAAAAACAUACAAACUUCACCGAGCUACUCGGUAAACUAUUAUUACACAACAGCGCUUUGUUAUUCGAUAUUUCUCCAGAUCUUGACGAAUAUUCUCCGAAGCAAUUAACCCUUAAAAUAGGCCCGACGACGUAUAAAAAUCCUUUUGACGUCGAUGAAACGAACAAUCCCUGCUAUGCGUCUCAAUUCGAGAAAGAAAAAGAGACAGUAGAUCUAGGGCAAUUAUACAUGGAAUAUAAAGCGUGCAAGAAAAAUCCAAGAAAGCUUAUAGAGUCGAUCUCGGAAGCCUGUACAGCACUCGGGGUAUUCAGCGAAUUGAACAAUGCGUACAAUACUUCUCAAUACAUACAUUUUACACGUAUCAAAAUCGAUUUGGAGAUAGUGCAAAAAUUUUUCGCGAAUUUUCCAUCCGAAGACAAGAUUCGUGAAGCAUAUCUGAUGAAAAAUUACACUCUUAUAACUAUCAAGGAGUUGGAGGAAAAAUUUAAAAUUGUAAAUUGGACGCAAGUAGUUUACAUGCUAACGAAAGAACUGGUUAAACCGGAAAUAAAGGUGCAGGUUUACUUUUACGAUGCUCUAGCUAAAGGAUUGAAAAAUCUGGAAGAAUUUGGAAAUAAUGAACCGAUGAAUUUGCAUAACGCAUUAUUAGGAUUGUAUGCACGCAAUCUUUAUCAGGACUUAGUUUUAUCAAAACAUCUAGAUGCUAAAAAAGACUGUCUUCGCACAGCUGCUAACGUUUUACUCCCGGAAGCUUCAAAAUUGUAUAUGUCUUCAUUUUCAGAAGAUCAACUUACAUAUAUGACUAAGACUAUAUUUAGUUUGUUCGAGAAACAUAAGGAGACUCUAAAAUUAAAAAUUGCGGAAAUAAAAUGGGCUACGCCAGAGGAACAAAACAUGCUGAUUGCGAAAAUAGAUGAUCUCAAAGUUACUGUGCCUAAUAUUCGGUAUUUUCCCGACAAUAAUACAAUUUAUAAAGUAAGUCAAGUAAAUGAGAUAAACUUGUCAAAUAAUUAUCUCGAAAAUUCAGUGAUUUUAAUGAAAAGGUAUCGAAAAUUAAUAUAUGCAGAAUUAUUUACAAAUCCAGGGUAUCCUGAACAAAUAUGGACGCAUUAUGCAACACCAUAUCAAUCGAAAGGGCUUGCGAUUUACGGAUUAAAUUUCGUUGUAAUACCAUUUGGUGUAAUCGAUUGGUCUACGAAAUACAAUGAACUUUCAUUUGAUUACAUAAAACUAGCAACACUUGGUAACAUAAUAGCUUACCAAAUUGCUCAUCACUUCGACGCAAAUGGUAUCUAUUAUUGGAAUGGUACUCGAAAUGCCAAUAACAGUUUGUUAACUGAUAACGAUUCUAUAAAUACGAAUUUCGAGAAAUAUAUUGACAGUCAGCGAGAAAUUCUUUAUCAAAAUCGUAUGAGUAUGUCAUUAUCGUCUACAGGACAGAACGUGUUUUACGAGAUUUCGCAAUUGUCAUUAAAUGAACGUCUGUCCGAGAUAAUGGGGCUCAGGUUAGCCUACGAUACUUUGGCUCGAUUGAGAUCUAGUGAAGAUCAUCUCCCAUGGCUUGAACUUGAUGUCAAUCAGUUAUUCUAUCUCGCCUAUGCUCAGAUGCACUGUACGAAGUCACCACUUACGUCAUCGUAUAUAUCAUUGUACGAGAGCGAGCAGUUACCAAGUCGGAUUCUUAUUUUUAUUUCUGCAUCUAACAACAGACUUCUUGGUGAAGCUUGGAAUUGUCCAGAGGGUUCACAGAUAAUGCCAAGUUUUGUUUGCAAUGCAUUUCCGUAUCUUCAAUGUAACGAUAUAGAGACGUAAUUAAGAUACGUAAAUG